UCUGGGGCAGCAAGUGGCCGGGCCGGGUGCCGAGCGUGCGGGGCGGGAAAGAGCACUGAGCGGCCCGCCCUCCGGCGCUGGGCUCCUUCGGCCGGCCUCAGCCCCGCGGUGGCCCUCCCGUGCCUAGCCCGCGGGUACCCUGGCCGUGGGCACCGGCGGGGCGCUCGGCGCGGGGCCGCUGGCCAGUGGCGGCAUGAAGGUCACGUCGCUCGACGGGCGCCAGCUGCGCAAGAUGCUCCGCAAGGAGGCGGCGGCGCGCUGCGUGGUGCUCGACUGCCGGCCCUACCUGGCCUUCGCCGCCUCGAGCGUGCGCGGCUCGCUCAAUGUCAACCUCAACUCGGUGGUGCUGCGGCGGGCCCGGGGCGGCGCGGUGUCUGCGCGCUACGUGCUGCCCGACGAGGCGGCUCGCGCGCGGCUGCUGCAGGAAGGCGGCGGCGGCGUGGCGGCAGUGGUAGUGCUGGACCAGGGCAGCCGCCACUGGCAGAAGCUGCGGGAGGAGAGCGCCGCACGCGUAGUGCUCAACUCGCUGCUGGCCUGCCUGCCCGCGGGCCCGCGGGUCUACUUCCUCAAAGGGGGAUAUGAGACCUUCUAUUCGGAAUAUCCUGAGUGUUGUGUAGACGUAAAACCCGUUUCACAAGAGAAGAUCGAAAGCGAGAGAGCCCUCAUCAGCCAGUGUGGGAAACCAGUGCUAAGCAUCAACUACAGGCCAGCUUAUGACCAGGGCAGCCCUGUGGAAAUCCUUCCCUUCCUCUACCUUGGAAGUGCCUACCAUGCAUCCAAGUGCGAGUUCCUAGCCAACCUGCACAUCACAGCCCUGCUGAAUGUCUCCCGGCGGACCUCCGAGGCCUGCACGACCCACCUACACUACAAAUGGAUCCCAGUGGAAGACAGCCACACGGCCGACAUCAGCUCCCACUUUCAAGAAGCAAUAGACUUCAUUGACUGUGUCAGGGAAAAGGGAGGCAAGGUCCUGGUCCACUGUGAGGCUGGGGUUUCCCGGUCGCCCACCAUCUGCAUGGCUUACCUCAUGAAGACCAAGCAGUUCCGCCUGAAGGAGGCCUUCGAUUACAUCAAGCAGCGGAGGAGUGUGAUCUCACCCAACUUUGGCUUCAUGGGCCAGCUCCUGCAGUAUGAAUCUGAGAUCCUGCCUUCCACGCCCAACCCGCAGCCUCUCUCCUGCCAAGGGGAGGCAGCAGGCUCCCCAUUUAUAGACCAUUUGCAGACACUGAGCCCUGACGUGCAGGGCACCUACUGCACAUUCCCUACCUCGGUGCUGGCGCCAGUGCCCACCCACUCAACUGUUGCAGAGCUCCACAGGGGCCCUGUGGCCACUGCCACAUCCUGCUAAGACUGGGGUGGGGUGCCAGCCCAGCCCCAGAGCAACUGUGAUUUUGUUUUUUAAACUCAUGGACAUUUCACACCUGUGCAAUACUGAAGACCUCUCUCUGUCUCACUGCCCCAGUAAGACACUGAGCGAUUAUCAGGUUUGCAGACAAACUUCAGACUGACCUCACGGAGAGGUUCUCGGGACUGAAGGAAGGCCAAGCCAUUAUGAGAGCACCGUGUGUGCUGACUACUGUACUUCCAGACCCCUGCCCUCUCAGGACCUCCUAGUCCUUGCACCUCAAGGUUCGCCUUUUCAUUUCAAGCAUAGGCAAUAAACACCUGCAGCAACAGGAAAGAGAGAAGUUGCUGGACCAGGAGAAAGGGCAGUUAGUUAGGAAGCCAAUUCAUUUUAAAGGAAGCACAAUCUCCAUCUUAUUUUUUUGAACUUUGGCAGUCUCAGUGUCUCUCUGUUGCUUCGGGGUAUAAGCUGAUCACCGCCUAGUCAGGAAAGUUAUCCUGCCGGAUUGGUAGGGACACCCUGGAUAUGCUGAUUUGAACCCUGAAAUGUUUGUGAGAUGCCCUCUGGGUCCAACGGAAACAUUUGGUUGAAGUUGCAAGAUGUUGACUCUUCUGGGUUUCAUUUUCACUGUGGGUUCUUUCCUGACCUUGGACUUUGGCAUGAUUCUUCAUCAUACUUGAACCAGUCUCCGUUGCACCAUAGACCAAAAAUCACCCCUUUGAGGUGGCAGUGGGUGCCUGGAGAAAAAGGGUACCUGCUGUGUCUUCUGGGUCAGUGGCAUUGAAAACAGUCCUUCCUCAGCUUGCUGUCCUUCUGUGUGCUCGUGUCUCGUUUCUUGUGACACUUGUUUUCCUCCCAGCCCCUGGGGGUUGUCUUCAAGCUACUGACUUCUGGGAUUUGCAGAUUGUUGCAAUGUGGUACUACUUUUCUGUCUGUAGAUUAUUUCUCCAGGGGAAAAGGCAAUAAUUUCUUAAAACCCAUGUGAAUGUGAAGAAAAGGGGUAUGUUACUGGUUGUUAUUGUUUUUUUAUAGUGCAAAAUAAAAAUAGUUAAAGGAAA